AUCGCAACAGUUUCUCUUCUCACUCCGCACAUGCUAUAAUAUUUGGCAUAUCCUUGAGUAGGGCAUCGGAUGUGACAUAAGCAAAUGAGGAUUCAUUCAAACCGUAGUGUGCGGACUGGAUUGCGCAGAGAAUUAUUUGUGAGGUCGUGUUAUGACAACUUUCAACUAGAGAAACCAACUCAACCCUAAUGCAUCGAGGACAGUUUUCUUAAGGUCCACCGAUCCAAAUUGUGCCGUUUGGCGUUGGCUCCGAAGCCUGCGACCUUUUUGGAUCAGAAAAGAGGGAGGAGUCUGGUGGGGACGCGUGGUCGCUACCCCUCCGCCGCAGAAACCAUUUGCAGGAAGUCGAACAGAAAAGAGCAGAAGGCUCUGAGGGAAAAAAAAAGAAAGUCAAGUUUACCUCCCGCGCCGUCGGCGUCGAGAAAUCAACCAACCCGCUCGGCUGUCCGCCCUCCCACCGGCGGUAGAAGCGAAAAAGGCGACGGAAGGCGUCUUCUUCCCGCGCGACAGCCCCCGCCGCCGCCAUUUUAACUCCCAGGGUGACGGCCUUGCAGGCGCUCCGCGGAAGGGGCGAGGCUUCUUCGGCGUUGACCCGGAAGCGACCUGCGUUUCUUUCAAGAUGGCGGCGGGCGGCAUGUCGCAGAAGGCCUUUAAAAUCUUCGUUCGCCGGCUACCUUGGACCGUGGGCCCAAAUGAGAUAAAAACAUAUUUUGCUCAGUUUGGCGCUGUGAAAAAUUACUUUCUGCCAUUUGAUAAAAAAACAGGAUUCCACAAAGGUGUUUGCUGGGUUGGAUUUGUUACUGAAGAAGGUGUCGAAAAUGCCUUGCAGAAAAAGUCUCAUAUCCUAGAAGGGGCUAAGAUCAUUGUUGACAUCAGUAAAGGCAGAGCUUUCUCAGGUGAAUACAUGGACAGAAGAAAAAAUGACACCAGUUAAAGGAAGGAGCUUUUAUUUCACUACUGUAUAAGGAAGCUAAAAUAAACCUGUAUAUGUAUGCAUCUCUGUUAAA